AUGGCCGACGAGAGCCAACAACGAGCCGUGGCCACGGCAUUUGCGCCCCCACCGCCCUUAUGGAAACACUUUACGCGCGAGAAUGUCGACAAGCUGGAGGAGAUCAAAACCGAAGCUUCCAAAAGCGAAGAUGGACGGUUGCACAAGAACAAGCAAUGGUCAGCAGCUGAAUUACGCGCUCUGGAGCUUCCCUCAGAGCUCCGGUACCUGGUGCCUCCCGACAUCCCUAAAGGGCCGUACAGCGUCUUUGGCGAAUUGCAAACCAGCAAGGAAUCGAACAGCUCUACCCAGAACCCCCCGCAGCCGGUACCGAACAGGACUCACAGCCCUCGCCCCCCUCUCAAUCAUGCAUACUAUCUUCUCAAGAUCAGCAAGUCCCUGCUCCUUAAUUUCCUAGAGUUUACCGGCAUCUUAUCUGUGUCGCCGGAACAAUUCGAAUCCAAGGUCGAGGACCUGCGCAACUUAUUUAUCAAUGCACACCACCUUCUCAACCUCUACCGUCCGCACCAAGCCCGCGAAUCACUCAUCAUGAUGAUGGAAGAGCAGCUCAAUCACAGCCGAGAGGAAAUGAAUCAAAUGGACAAAGUCAAGGCGGAGGUUGAGGCUGUACUAGAGCAGUUGCAAGCGGAGGGCAGCUGCGUGGGUGCCACUGGGUCAGACGACGACACCGACCAGGCCAAGGCGCUGAAAGAAAAGGCCGAUGAGCACUCUCGGUUGAUCUGGGAUCUUCUGGACAAAGAAAAUUGA